ACGCAGAGAUGCAGGCCAACUCUCGCCCACCUUACGUGCAUUUCUGGAUGGACGGGAUAUAUCACCUUUGCGCGCUAUAUUUGGAGAAAGGAAUGGAAGCUUGAGUCCAUUCCGCCAAUUCAGCCCCCUCCGUGGCACAGCAUCUGACGAGGGAAGCAUGAGAUUUUCGCCUAUGCGAUUAGCUAGUGACGAUGGAGGCAAACCUCAAAGUCCGAUUGGAGGAUUACCUGGAGAUAUCAGUGAAAGUCAGCUAGAAGAGGCGUUGCGAAGGCAUACUCAAUCCACCAGGUAUUGGUCCAGUGUGAGGAAACGAUCCCGGCCGAGGCCUGGCUUUUGCUAGAAAGUGGAAUGACUAUCGAAGGGGAAGAGGAUGCCUCUACAAAUUUUUCAAGUGUUGGAAGUGCCGGAUUGGAAUCGAUGACCGGUGUACCAAGCAUUGCUAGUACUCAGAACAUCAGCAGUAUGAAUACGUGGAACCAACCAGCAGGGCAGACUCAACAGGGUGUCAGCUCUGGACAGCCAAAUCAACAGGCUGUGUCUCAGGCUGGCUUAAGUCAAAUUCAAGCAGCACAGGCCGACCUCUUCAACCAGAGUGCAAACCCGAGUAACGCUUUCUCCCAUGUUCAUGUUAACAACAUGGAUGCCAAAGGGCUCAUGGGUGUCAAUCAGAUUUUGGACGACAAAUUUGUGACCAACCACAGGAGAGAUCGGAUGCCGAAUCGAGACUGCGCAUCGAUGCACCUCUACAAGUCCCAUAAGGCGAGCUAUCCGGACGCAGAAAGUCGCAAGUGCACCGCAGCCCCCGAGUGUAGAUAUGAUGACGUGUUGUGUUCAGCUAAUGGCAAGUCCUGGUCAGCCCUCUGCGAGAGUGACACAGCUUUCGUUUUCGUGUCAGCCCCGCAGUGGUUUAGAUGGGUUGUUGCAUCCAACCGACACAUGGCUCUCGAAGCCUUUGCUGCCAGCGUAAAGGCAGGCCAGAGAGAAGAAGCCAUGAGAGCGGCAAAACGAAGCAAAGGACUUUUGGAUGGACACACCGACGAACUUGCUGACACUCUGGCCAAAAUUGGUGCGACCCUUUGUGAACUUUCCGUCUCGACUUACGUUGUGAAAUUAGGAGUGGAUGACGAAGAAGAAGAUAAAAAGAUUGGACAGACCAGCCAUAGCGUGAAUGUUAAAGGAGCGAAAAGCUGGAGUGAAUUUCAAGAAGCCGUCACUCAACUGGUAUCAGCAGUACGUGAGCUUGUUCCUGACGUCGAAAUCAAACAGAAUCAGGCCCGAGUUGCCUUGACAAAAUCCAGUUUUCAUAUUGGACACUGUAUAGACAUUGGGAACCUAAACAUCGCCGAUGACUUCGCAGAGGUCUGCACGAGGAAGAAGAAAGGAGCAGAGGCUGCAGUUGGCAAGGCUGCCAAGACAAAUGGUGGACUCGUUUUGAAGCUUCACAAAUGGAACGCAAAAGUUAUGCUACAUGGCAAUGGUCGUGGAGACAUGUGGUGGCCAACUUCAGAUCUAGAGAACAUGACUGAAGCUUAUAAUGCUCUGUGUGCACACUUGAAUAUCUCGGGUCACCCAAGCUCGCCGUCAAGUAUGGACUUGCAUCAUCUCGCAUGGGCUGAGCACCCGUUGGAGUCCGAUCUCAUGCCGCCGCCACAACCCCUUGUCCGCAAGGGAGGGAGUUUCAAGAAGAAGAUGAGCGAGGAAGGUCAGCCAUUGUUUUCGCAAGGAGCGUCCAACCCCGUAAUGCAAAACCAAGCAUUUCCCGGAUUCAAAGCCACCUAACAGUCUAAGAGUACAGAUUUGAGUUUACUAGACAGGCAUUAUUAGUUUCGAGUUGUGGACGCUUUGUUUCGAAACCAGUGGAUUAAGUUGAAGAAUGACACUUUGAUCGUG